AUGGAUGCAUCUUGCACAGUACUAUACUACCUGGUAUCAUUCAUAUUCCUAACUGAUUCAUCUGAGAUUCCUUUCCAUGAAAAAAUGCUCCUAAAAUCUUUAGGAUUAAAGAGAAGACCCAGCCCCAAUAAUCCAGGUCCUGUACCUAGAACACUGUGGGAUAUUUUUGAUAAGGGGAUAAAUGAAGAAAGACCAUGCAGGAUGGAGGCUUUUGGGGUGCCAGGGAACAUUGUCAGAUCAUUUCGGGACCAAGGAGGUUUCAUAUCUAGAGAAGCGCCACAGGGGCCCUUGUGCUUUCAGAAACAUCUCUUCUUUGACCUGACUGCAGUGGAGAAAAAAGAGCAAGUGACAUUUGGUAGGCUGGAGAUUAAGUUUAAACACAAUACAUACUAUGGACAAGAAUUCAGACUCAAUCUUUACCGCACCAUGAGGUUGUCUUUAAAGGGGAUGAGAGAAAUGAAUCGGAAACUUCUGGUGUCACAGUCCUUUCGCAUUCUUCACAAAUCCAUUCACCUUCCAUUGACCAAGAUGGUUAAAGACUGGACCAGCCCUGAGAAAAACAUGGGUUUGUUACUGGAAAUAUAUGCAGAAGGUAAUUCUAAGUCAGUGAGAGGAUUGUCUGGACCCUGUGAUCAGAUUCGUUCCUUGACCCACACCACAUUGCUCAUUGUGUCCCUUGACCCAUCCAACUGCAAAGCUUCACGGUCCAAAAGAAACACCCAUCCAACUCUACCAUCACCCAGCAAUAUAUGUGGUAAGAAGCGGCUCUAUAUUGACUUUAAAGAUGUGGGGUGGCAGAACUGGGUCAUUGCCCCUCGUGGUUACAUGGCCAACUAUUGUCACGGGGAAUGUCCCUAUCCACUAACGGAACUGCUCAGGGGCACCAACCAUGCUGUACUACAAACCCUGGUACAUUCAAUAGAGCCGGAAACUACUCCAUUGCCUUGUUGUGCACCCACCAAACUAUCACCCAUAUCCAUGCUAUAUUAUGACAACAAUGACAAUGUGGUGCUUAGACAUUAUGAGGACAUGGUGGUAGAUGAGUGCGGCUGCAAAUGA